AUGAUGAAGGGAAGUUAUGAAUGUGGACAAUUGUUUGACUUUUCCGAAUAUACCAAUAGAUUUGAAUUGAGUUGGAUUGGAAUGGAUACUAAUGGUUUUAUAUAUCCUGGAUGUGAGUGGCUCGUUAAUAGGCAGAGUGUAAUUGAGAGAUUUCAUUUUGUGAAUGGAGGAGUUGGUAGAGCAUUGAGUUUGGAUAGGAAAUUGGAAAUUCUCAGUUUUGAUCAAUGCCAUAGUGAUUUGUUGGUAAUGAGUGAAUUAAAUGUGAAAAAUUUACUUAUUAAUCAGUCAAAUUUCAACAACUUUGGAUUGAAAAAUGCAAUGGUGGAGACAUUUCGAGUAUUUGAAUCGACCAUUUCUGAAACGAAAGUAAGAUUGAGUAAGACAGAGUCUAUUCAAAUAGAUAAUUCUAAAUUAUUGAAUGCAAUUCUAAAUAUUGAUUUUUUUGGAACUGUGAAAAUUAACAAUUGUCAUUGGACAGCUAGUUCUUUAUGUGCUUUCAAUGCUGGAAACGUGUUGAAUAUUACAGAGGCUAGCUCCAUUCCAACUAUUCAGAUUAUGAUAGUUUUUCAAGUUGUUUUGGAUGGAAUUAGUAUUAUUGAUCGAGUUAUUGGUGAUAUAUCCGAAUCCUAUCUGAGCUUGAUUGGUUCUACCGAAAUCUCUAUUCGAAACUGGAAUGUAACUAACAAUAUAUUUGCCAAUUUGAUUUCCAUUCAAAAAGGUAAAACUGUUCAAGUAUUUAAUUGUACAUUUAAUAACAAUACUGGAACAAUACUAUCUAUUAAGGAUAUCUAUUGGGAUAUUAAUACAAUUGUAGCUCCAAUAGUAAUAGACGAAUCAAAAUUCAUUUCCAAUAGAGUUCUGAAAGAUUCCUCUUUUGUUUCAAUCAUGACAUCUGAGCAAACAGCUUCAAUGGUAAGGACGUGUCAGUUCAGAAACAAUAUGGGUGGUUCACCUCUUUUUUACAAUGGCAAUAGCUUAAUAGUUUUCAAUUGUUUCUUUUCGAAUAAUGUUGCAGAAUUUGGAGGUGCCAUUAGAAUUGAGAUCAGUAAUUCCCUAACUCUCUCAAACUGUUCAUUUAUUGGAAAUGAGGCAAAGAAGGGAGGAGCCAUCUAUCUCCUCAAUCUAUUAAGUGGUAUUGCCACAACUGACAGUUAUUGUCAGGAUAAUAUUGCAUUUCAAGUUGGAGGUUGUAUCUACAAAUCAUCCACAUCGAGUUCCUUAAAUCCAAAUACGAAAUAUCGAAUGAUUGGUGAAAACAGAGCUUACUAUUAUGGAAAUGAUAUCGGUUCAGAAUUGGUGAGCCAAAGAAUUGAAUUUAGAGGACAGGAUGGUCAAUUCAGAGUUGCAGAAGGCAAAUCCAUUCAAGUGUAUCCUGGCCAACCACUUGAUUUCAAAUUAUUCAUUUAUGAUCAAUAUAAUCAAAGCACUUCAAAGCUUUCUAGUGACUCCCCACUUUUGGUAGUUUCUUCUGUGAAGAAUAUCAUUCUACAAAAGCAGGAUUAUCAAGUCGGAGAAGGAUAUAUCAUGCUCAACAAUUUACAAUACCUACUCGUUGAUAAGGAUUUCAAUUCUGACCAUUUUGAGUUGAGAUUUUCAAUUACAGACUUGGAUGUUAUUACCUCGUUUGUUAAUGUGGAAGUAAUGAAAUGUCCAGCAGGAUUUUCAUUGGUGUUGGGAGGAGGCAAGUAUUAUUACUGUCAAUCCAUUCCAUUUGAGAUAAUUAUUCCAUCAGCAGUUUUGGGAACUAUCUCACUCACCAUCAUUUUUUCUUUUACAAUUUUUGUAAUCGUUUAUGUAAUGAAAAAGUUGUUCAAAUUGAGAAAACAAGAAAAGGCGGAGAAGAGAAUUGAAGAUCAAUUCAAAAACAAAUACUUUGUAUUUGGAAAUGGUAUCGAAAACUUGCCCUUACUUGAGAAUAGUUUGAAUAAUGAAACUCCUGAAAGGUACAUUAUUCCAAUUUCAGAUAUUACUAUCGUGAAAAAGAUUGGUGAAGGAGCGUCGGGUGUGGUUUAUAAAGGACUUUGGAACAAAACAGAUGUUGCCAUUAAGCAAUUCAAGACAGACACUGAUGAUGAAGAAUUUGAAAGGGAGGCCUUAUUGAUGAGCUCCCUACGACAUCCUUCAAUUGUUAGUUGUUAUGGAAUUUCUCUAUCCACUGAAUCAAAAUAUAUGAUUGUGGAAUAUCUUUCGAAUGGUGCCUUAGAUGGAGCAAUUUACGAAUCAAAAAUAGGAAAAAAGAAAUUGAGUUACGUUACAAAAUUAAAUAUUCUGAAUGAUGUAUGUAAAGGAAUGGUCUAUUUACAUUCAAUUAGGCCAAACAAGAUAAUUCACAGAGAUUUGAAAUGUGCAAAUAUUCUACUCGACAAGAAUAUGAAUGCAAAAGUGGGAGAUUUUGGAUUAAGUAAGAUUGUUAAUGGGAAUUCUGCAACAAUGACCACAAAUGUUGGAACUCUAUUAUAUAUUGCACCUGAGUUACUUUCUAAUCAUCAUAGAGGUCCUACUACUAAAAUUGAUGUUUACUCUUUUGGAAUUAUUUUGUGGGAAUUAUUAUACGAAAUGGUCCCAUUUUCGGAUGAAUUGUCAGACACCAAUACAGUAUUUUCCAUAUUGAUGGAAGUCAUCAAAGGACAUAGACCAAGAAUUAUUACUACAGAUCAAGCAUGGAUCGAAAAUAAUAUUUCAAAAAAGGAAAUUGAUAAAUAUGGAAUUUCAAAAUUAGAACUAUCUCUUUCGGAUUAUAUCGAAAUUAUGAAAGAAUGUUGGAAUAAUGAACCUAAUCAAAGACCAGAAUUUAUUCAAGUUGCAGAAUCUUUGGAAUCACUAUUGAACUUUUUACAAACAUAA